AUGAAAGAAAGGGCCAAAGAGCGUUAUGAUGGUAGUAUUAGGAACAUAGCUAAGUUUGCGUUAGGCGACAAAGUCCUGGUAAAAGCACCUAAUCCCAACAAUUUGGAUCCCAAAUGGGAAGGACCUUGUGAAGUCAUCAGAGUUGGAUUCAAUGAAAACUACCUGAUUAGGAAAUCCGGGUCAUCUGCCCGGGCCUUCGCCUCGGCGAAUGGAGCUACAGGUCAAUUGACCGAACCACUCCCUUCCUACUCCGGUCUGUUCUUUAAAAACGAAGGCACGAUCUACCUAAGCGACGAAUCCUGGAAAUUAGUUAUCUACAGGGAUCUUAGACCCCUUUUUAUCGCAAAAGAUUCGCUCGUUCGAUUAGCAACCAAAUUUCAUUUCGUCUCUACCCAAUAUAAUAAUUUUACCCACAUUGAAACCACGAAAUCUUUUCUUAAACUAAACCUAGAAAAAAUCGAAAACCGUUUAGCAGAAUUAAAUAUGUACUUAGGAAAAAAUUCAAGACAAAAACGCGAAUUAUUAGACGGCCUGAGCGUCGUCCUUAAAUGGCUCAUUGGUACACCUGAUGCCAAAGACGCCAUGCAUUAUGAAGAUUGUAUUAACCAACUCGAAAAACGUGAAACCGAUCUUUCAUCACUUAUGCUCGAACAAACUCAAAUAAUUUCUUCGACUGUCAAAACCUUCAACGAAUCAAUUCUCAAAAUCACUUAUGAUGAGUUAAUCAUUAACGAAAAUAUCGAACGCUUAAAUAAUUACCUUAACUCUUCUCAAUCACUUCUGUUUAGUUUAAAAGCCAGCCAAGAUGUGUCAGCUAUUUCCCUUCAAAUUUUAGAGUCAGUAGUAAACCUUGAAAACGAAAUCAACGAAUGCCUAACUAGUAUCCUCUUUGCAAAGUCCAAUACAAUCCAUCCGUCAAUUAUAACCUUGGAAAAACUUUAUAAAGAACUCCUCUUAUCGAAUCAUAUUCGCACGAAUAAACAUCUAGUUUCCACCGUUAGCCCACAAAAUAUACACACAAUCUUAGAAUCUUCCUCUCUAUCAGCAUAUGUAUAUUCAGAUAAACUUGUAUAUAUACUUACAUUCCCUUUAAUUCAGAAUGAUCCUCUCGACUUAUACCAUGUAUACUCCAUCCCUAUAAAACAUCCGAAUUCCUCUCUUCAUACCACUAUCCUCCCUGAGCACGUGUACCUGGCUGCGAACCCCAGCGGCCAAACCUACGUGUCGACAAGCAGUUUAGAAACCUGCAAAACAUACGCCAGCGAAAAACAAGUCUGCACCGGUCUCGUCGCCUACGACGCUACAGCUCGUCCCCUGUGUGAACUACAAAUUCUCCAAAUCGCGAUUCCAACGGAUGCAUCCAGAUCUUCAAUAACUGCUUCGCAAAUUCAUCUCGACAACAGAGAACCCACGUCGCAAUUCCCAUGUCUACAAUCUCAACUAGCUGCGUCACAGAAGAUGAAGACGAAGACAUCGAGCCUCAGCAUUCUCAGCCAAUCUCACCCGUUUCCAUUGUUCCUGCGACUUCUAAAAGAUCAGGCGCUAACGCCCAAUCUUUAUUCUAAGGGGGGAGGUGUUAUAUAA